ACUAUGAUAGAUGCAGCUGUCUGUCUAUAAAAGUCUUUGUAGUGAUAAUUAGAUACUAAAUAAUGCUUAAACUAUUGAAGAAUAAUCCAGUAAUCCUAUGAAACAAAACGCUUUCAUCGUCAUUCACUGAUUUUAACACAAUUGAAACUGUACCAAGUAUAAAUCAUGUUUAAGUCAGUACAAAUGAUUGGAGCGUCCAAUAUUGCUAUCAUAAAUUAAGGCAAAAAUGAUCCAAAGCUCGUCCGCCAGCUAUCAGCAGGUUAUAAAACACCGUUACCGUUUAUCUCCUUUACAAGCGUAGUAAUGUCAACAUUACAAUGCAAACUGCAUUAAGACCCACGCCAGCCAAUCAAUUCAGCUUAUAAUAAAUUCAUUGCCACGCCUAGGAAGCGCAAGCAAACCAAAAGUAAGGAGCGAAGCCCACACUUGGCGCGCUGAGGCCAACCGUUCCAGCGCCGUAUGACCGGCCGCUUAGUGCCAUGAGCGUCAUCACCGGUGACACUAGCGUCCGUGUAAAAUUCUAGUUCAGUGAUACGAAUUUUCAUCGCCUUAUUUAACACAACACCAAAUAUAGAUACCAUAAACAUGUCUAAGUUGACCGUCACAAACUUCAGUAAACGAACUGGAAGCCCUUUCCAAAAGGCCAAGGAGUCUCCCGAAAAGGUUGUGCACGAAGAAGUCAUCGAGAAGAGCACGUUUGAGAAGCAGAAGGAGAAGCAAAGUGAACUCAUUCAAAAGGUAAAUAAGAAGGCCGCGGAAUAUCAGUCCAAUAAACCCAGCUCAGGUGUGUUCACCGAGGUCGUCACUCACGGCGCAUUCACAUCUAAAACAAAUACGAAGACCUCCACUAACAUCAGUACACCUAAAGUUGAAAGCCCGACUCCCCCGAAAACAAACGGAUCGAAUGGAUCAAAGUCUUUACUCGGGUUCCCAUCGUCCGCUAACGAUUUAGCUCUCGACGCGAAAUCCGACUUAGAAUCAGACGCAAACAUAUCAAAAGAUGUAAAAGAUAAAGUGAUCGAGAAACUAUUUGCACUCGUCUCGAUGGUACAACACACGUACGAGUCAAAAGUGAGAAUAAUGACUGAGUUCGAAAAAUACAAAGACACGCACAUGAGGAAUGAAACGCGAAGGGAGAAGGAACAUUCAGAACAACUCUACAAACUAAACAUGAACUUUCAAAAUGAAGUGGUUCAAGCUAUACAGAGGCUGAAAAGUGAGUUAGAUAUUACGAGAAAUGUUAGUAAGAAUGUUGAAGAAAGUAGUAGUAGUACUAGUUUGAAAGAUACUUCAAUAGAUUUCAAUACAUAUGAGAUGCAAGAUCCCGAAACUGAUAAAAGUAAUAGGGUUGACGAACAAGAAACGUCGGAGCGUAAUACGCCGCGACUUGAAGAUGAGAAUUCACACAGUGAUGUAAUUAAAGAUGAGUAAUAUUAAUGUUCUCAUUGAAAUUUAAAUACAAUUAGUCAUAAAAUAAAUACAUGUUCUCUUU